CUUGCAUUAUGCAAGGCCGACAACUUUUGAUAGCAACGAUUACUGACAGACCAGAUAGAAAGAACAAAAAAUCUUCCGUUUUUAUUGACUGUCAUGGAAUCAAAUAAAGUAAUGCAUUGUGGUCCAUGUGGAUAUGAAGGCAUUACAAAGGAUGCAAAGAAGUGGUGCACCAACUGUGAUGAGGGGUGUUGUGGAGACUGUGAGAAAAGCCAUAGAUCUUCAAGACAAACCAAAGAUCAUAAAAUCAUUGCCAUUGAUGAUUUCUUGAAAAUUGAUGAUUUUUCUAUUAGCCUUACCUGCCCGACUCAUGGAAAAAAACUUGAUCUUUAUUGCAAAUAUCAUAGUGGUGCAUUAUGUGCGGUCUGUGUUAAAUCUGCGCAUAAAACUUGCCGAGCGGAUGAUAUCAUUUCAAUAGACAAUGUAUCUAAAAAUGCAAAAGGUUCGACAGCACUUUUAGAUUUAAAAGAGAAAAUUACUAAAACGUUAGAAAACGUGAAGCAGUGUAUAAGCGAUCAGAUGUCAGCCUCUGCAAAAAUCGAUAUUGAUGAACAAACGAUUAAAAACAUGGUUUUAGAAACCAAACUUCAGCUAAACAGACGUUUAGAUGAACUUGAAGAACAUCUUCUAAACGAUCUCAAAAUGAAACAUAAAAAGUUUAAGACAAUAUACAGCACAUUAUUACAAAAGUUAGAACACAGAGAAAAGGAGUUCAAAAACUUUAGGGAACAAACACAACGAAUGAAACUGCAUGCAUCUGACCUUGAACUGUUCCUAGGGACAUGUCAAAUGAACAAAACCACUAUGGACAAAAUUGAAUUACUCAAAGUUGAAAUAGGUAAGGAAAAGAAUUAUGCCAUGGAUAUGAAAUUACAUCGUGUGAUCAAUUCACUAAUGAAGAACGUCAAGCAGUUUGGCGAAAUACACAUCACUGAAACAUGUGCCGAUUUUCAAUUACAAGACGCAAAUGUUGACCAAGCUCAAAUGCAAGUGCGAGGGUCAAAGCAAGAUGAUACCCAUUAUGUUGAGCUUCAAUUAAAACGGAAAUUUAAUAUAAAACUGCAGCACCAAAGCCCAGGAUGCGUCUUAUUGUCUGAUGGAAGAACUCUGAUUGCAGAUUUCUGGGGUUCAGGAAAAUUGCUUGAGUACAACGAGAAAGGAAAAUAUAUCCGUGACGUCAAUGUGUCAGAUAAGCCAUAUGAUCUAACAGAAAUAGAUACAGACCGCAUCGCUGUAACAUAUCCAGAUGUGAAACGUUUAGAGAUAAUGAGUAUCAAAAAAGGCACUGAUGAUAGGAAGACAUUAUGUGAAAAAAAGUGCUUCGGAAUAUCUCACUGUAAUGGAAAAAUAGUCACUGUAGUACAAGAAUACUGUUACUAA